AUGACACCAAAGCAAGACGAGGAAGAAGUUAGCACGACCGUAAAGCUACACUUGUCAGAGUACCAAGAUGAACCCAAUGUCAACUACUUGCAUCAACCGGUUCCCAAAAAGCCUUCACAAUUAAAAGAAAGUGACCUUGUCAAUAACAAAGAAUCGAAAUCAAAGCCACCUCAUCAUCAUCACCACCACUCACUGACAUCUUCUACAAGUAAGAAACUCCCAUCAUUGGUGGUUAAACAAGAUCUAAAUUUGAAAUCGUGUUUAUCUCAAACAUCAUCUAAAGUUGAUCAAUCAUUUCCACCACCUCCUACUACACAGCAACCGGAGACCACGCCACACCUGGAGCAACAUCCACAGUUUGUCUCAACUGAUGACAUUAGUCCCAAUCAACAUGGACUAGCACCAGGCUCACAAAUUGAAGAGUAUACACCGAUUGGGUUCAACUCUACACCGCUUAUCUCAUCCCAAGGUAGCGUAACGUCUAGUUUGGUUUCACCACCACCUUCAACAAAGCCAGCCAUGUCUCCUCCUAUCUUCACACCACUUCUGAGCAACCUGCAACUGCAACAGCAUCAACUUCAUCAUCAACUCCAACAACCACCAUCACAACAACACUCUCAGCCAGGUGUGUCGCGAAUGAAUUUACUUACAUACUCGCUGAUUGACGAUAAAAAAUUUAUCGAAUCGACACGACAAUCAGCUAAUACAUCUGCAACUGAAAUUAAACUGCACGACGAGGAUGCAAUCACUUCAUCUGAUGACAACAAGUUACAUUUACUCAUUGGCAUCACUGGGUGUAUCUCAAUCCACAAAAACAUCUUUCUCAUCAUUGAGAAAUUAUUUGAACUAUACACUCAUGAAAAACUUGAAAUUCAAGUACUCUUAACCAAAUCAGCAGAAUAUAUUCUACUGGAAAAGUUGCACAAGUUUGAUGAAUUGGGGGUCAAAGUUUGGUUUAGUGAUGAUGGUGAAAAGUAUUUCCUCACAUCUCCUUUUCAAAAAGUUUAUUCCAACGCAGUAGCUCUGGGACAAUUGACAUUGAAGAAGCAAAUUGGAUCUCAUGUCUUCCAACAGUACAACUUAUCCUAUGAUUUACAAAGAUGGACUGAUGUAUUGUUGUUGGCACCGUUGAGUGCAAACACCAUGGCCAAGUUGAUAAAUGGUUUGGCUGAUAAUUUGUUGACUGAGUUGUUGCAUGUAUGGCCAAUGCCACAAGUUCACCACAUAUCUGAACAACCACAAGUAUCCUCACCACCACCGACAACGACGACAGCAACUACAUCAUCUGCCACUGCACAACUAGAAUCGAAAAAGGAUUCAACCAUUUUGUCAAAUAACUUGGUUGCGCCAAAACCCAUAGUUGCUGCAUUGGCAUUGACAAAUUCAAUGUAUUCACAUCCAAUAACAAAGAGACAAUUGAGUUUGUUACAAGAAACGUAUCCAAAUAUGACCAUCUUGAAACCAGUUGAAAAAUGUGUUGAUAUGGAUGGUAAUAUUGCCAUGGGUGGUAUGAGAUCGUGGCGAGAGGUUGUUGAUUUUGUUUCAAAGAAGUUGGGUCCACCUCAAGAGGAUGAAGACGAGGACGGUGAUGACAAAGAUGACAAAGAAGAAGAGGAGGAAGAAGAAGAGGAUGAUGAUGAUGAGGGGGAGGAGCGUGAAAAAGGAGUUACAUUAGUCAAUCCGGUUGAAGCUAACAACACAAAACCAAGCCCUCAGCCAGUUCAAUCGGAACCACAAUCCACGACGACGUCUACUAACACUCCACCAAUAUUGACAAAGGUAGUUACAGCCCCAUCGCAAUCUCGAUCAAGUGAUAAUGUAAGUGGUGGUGGUAAUAAGUCAGGUGAGAGGCGAAGAGGCAACACCAUCACGCGAAGAGAGUUGGCAGAACAUGAAAGAUUAGCCUCCCAAAAUGCUUUAUUGAAUGCCGGUAUCGGAAAAGUGGGGUUGUGA